CAACACUGUACACAAUCAAAAAAAUGGCGAAUUUGUCUAUGAAAUAGGUACGAAUUCAAGGUAGAUAUAAGUACUUAUAUUUUAAAUUAGCAAUAAUAUAGCUGUUAAUCGCAUUACUCUAGUAUAUAAGCCCAUCAGUGUAAGUGCGAGUAACCUAUAUAGCACAAUAAUACUAAAAAAAAAAAAAUUAAAUAGGUAUAAGGUACAUGUACUCGUACAUUUCAAAAUCAUCAUGAGAGAAUAUUAGUAAAUCAAAUAAAACAUUUAUUACUACACAUUCUAUAUGAAAAAAUACUAUUGUAAUUACGCAGUUAUUAUAAUAUACCUACGCCGUGUCCACCCGUCGGCAAUAUUAUUUUGUUUUCGACGAUAAUCUGUUUAACAGUCCUAUUUUUUGCAAAUUAUUCUUGUGUAUUUUUUCGUUAUCUAUAUAGGUUUUCAGAAAAUAUACAGUAAAUUGUUGAAAGUGCCCAUAAACGUUCUAUUAGUAUUUGUAAGGAGUAAUAAUUAUGUCAAUGCCUUUGUCAAGUAUAUCGGUCUAACUUCUGUACACAUAGUAUAGUUGUACGUGCCAGAAUAUUAAGAUAUUAUAGUAUAAUAUACUGAUAAUAAUAUUAUUAUUUUAUUUGCAUUCGUUUUCUAAUAUCUAUAUAAUAUGCUACUGCUACAGAAUAUCGUUAUUAUGUUUAUGCUUGGUAAUAAAAGAGAGAAAAAAAGAAGGUCCCCCGACUCCCUCCACGUUACCGAAAAUUGCCGACCCGCAGUCGCUACAACACACACUGUACCCAGGUACUUAUAAUUGUCGCGUUUGAAAUCCGUACAUUCAUUUCCUCGCUCGAACCCGAACUGUAAAUCACCCAACGAAUUACGAUUGCUGCGUAUUAUUGUCAAUUAUUAUUCAAACCGGAAAAUUACACGUACCGACGUGCCCACCUAAAUAUUACAACAAUAACAAUUGUGUGCGUUUUUUUAAAUUAUACUAUCUGCAUUGUUGUAGCUUUUAUCGUCACGUCGACCAUCCACUCUGCAUUUUGUAACGGUACACAUGUCAGUGUGCUUAUUUCGGUGCGGUCGGCGUCGUAAUGUUCAACGUACGUGUAUGCGCCUGUACACUUGCGAUACUUACAUAUCAAUUAGGUAAAUCGUAUUAUUUUUUCUAGUUAACGUUUUCAAAUAUCGUUACGAUAUGCAUGUACCUACACGUUAGAGUAGCUUUUUUUUUUUUCUUACUCUGCGUAAAAACCUCUGUCGCAAAAUCUGUUUAACGCCGUUUACAGUGUACUUACGCCGUGCCAGCCGAUGCGCCGGGCGCGUAUAAUAACGUUCAACAACCGUGUGCCUCUACACGCCACAACCCGGUCAACGUGUUCGUUUUCCGUGAAACUACCUGUAUAACGUACAACAACAUCAUAUGCCCACCCGCCCGCCUAACUUUCCUAGUGGAAUUUUUACCUUCGACGGCGAGUGAAAGUAAAAAAACAACACGUACCCACCAUGCCAUACCACGCACACACAUCAUACAUCAGUAUACCUGCGUGCAGCAUAAUAAAACGAGGAACAAUAAUAAUAUAAUAAUAUAAUAUACACAUAUAUAUAAUGGUCAACAUUACGACGGCGGCGGAGUUAUAUAAUAUCAAUACAUAGGCAGCGAACUCUCCUCAACGUACCUAUCCGUACCUACCUAUAUAGUUGUAAUAGCGGUAUUUUAUUAGUGUUUAUUUUAUUUUAUUUUUUUCCUUUUUUUUUUUUAUUUUUUUUUUUUCUCAGUCAUGUGAGACCAGUGCUGCAGUGUGUUCGGGAACGCGUCGCGAAAAUCGCCUCCACUCGUAUUUAUAUAUCAUUUAUAUCCGAUUGAAGAGACCCAGCGAUCAAUCGCUGUUUGAUUAUAUAAGAUUAACAUGCGUGCAAACAAUUUCGGCGCGGCAAUUUUCAAAUUGUCCUGCGUAACGGCCUGUUUAGUCUUGGCGCACGUGGGCCUGACCAAAACGGCAUCCGAAGGUAAGCGAUAGAAAACAUAAUUACACACAAUAUUAUAAUCGGUACCUAAAUAGAGGUACACAUAUUGUUUAUCGGGGCAUGAAAGGCGACAGCAUGCGAUUUAAAACGAUAAUUAUAUAGUGUGAUCUCGUCGGAAUGUUUAUCAGCUCUUGAACAUGAUGUUAUAAUAAUACGUAUUGUGCCGAAUAAAAUAUAAUAUCAUUAUAGUUUCCAAUUAUGAAUUUUGGCCGUCCAAUAUAUUGGGCAAGCGAGCGAUGCAGCUGGUCAGGGAUCAUUUGUCCAGAAGGCAAGAGCGAAAAAAGUCAAGAGCGGCGUCUAAACAAAUUUGUUACGGUAAGAGGACUUUAAUUAAAAAACUAAACCGCGCCUUUCCUAUACACAUAACAAUGAACUUGCCAUGUAAGUCUACUAGUUAUAUUUACAGAAAAACCAGGGUUCGGGACCUAAAGCGCUAAAAUAAGCACUUAAACAAAUAUUUUUAAAAGCAAUCUCAAAAAUAGCACGCCUUAAAAUUAAUAAAAUAAAAUAAUCUAAUAACACAAAAAUCAUAAAUACAAAUUAAUUCUUUCUAGAACAACUGUAUUCCGUUUGAAUAGUUAGAUUGAUUAACCAGAUUUUACUGUGUUCACAAUUUAACUUUUUUAUUACUGUCUGCGUCGUUUUCAUGUAGUCAAUUUACUACGUGAUCUAGGUACAAUUAUUGCUCUAAAAUUUUUCUAAUUAUAAAUUGACGAAAUCAUUUAAAAAUCACAGUACGAAAAACAAUCUGGAUUCUCAUUAAUGGCCACCGUUUAGGAGGUAUGUAAAUAUGUUGUAAUCAUAAAGCAGAAAUUAUGAAAAAAAAAAAAAAAAGCAGAACAAGUAUAAAUUACAUAAACUCCUAAAGCACUCGCUGUUAAUAGAUUUAAUGACAAGUCAAUAGAAAAUAAGCCAAUGCUUUAAGUCCCGAGCCUUUACUCACACACAGAGAUUAUUAUUAUAAACCGAUCAACAAUAAUACACUUACGUCAGACAUUAUAACCCAGGAACCGGUAAUCAUUAUUGUUAUUAUAUUUUUCGUUUUUUUCGAAACAAACGAAACAAAAAAAAAAGCGUUUUCACAAAACAAACAAACAAACAAACAAACUGAGAAGAAACUUAUUCCGCGACACACGGGUACACGACUAUUAUAAUAGGUAUAUGGUACGAGUGCCGUGUGCUUUUGAAAUGACUACAUGACAAAAAGAAGAGAUAACAGUAUAAUUUUGCUAGCUUACAAUAUAAGAUCACCGAAUGCAUGCGGUGUUCACGAAUAUUGCCUAUAUUAUUAUUCAUCUCGUGUAAAAACGAUCGGACGUGUUAUGCAUAUUUAUGAAUUAACACUGCAAUAUGACCCGUUCGAAUUGGCGGUUUUAUUUAUUUAUUUUGUUUUUUUUUUUUUGUGCCUGUUUUGCCUGUUUUCGGUCUUUUUCAAGACAUGGUCGGAUGUUUUCCCGUGCCCCGCACCGGUUAUUCGCCUAUCAUCAAAUCACCCCAGUCACCGGACACGGUGGACACGAAAUUCUUGGUGAUGACCAGAGAAAACCGCAGCGAUCUGAUUUCGAUAACGUACGGCGACGAACGCGUGUCAAUGUUGAACUCAAACUUAAAACCCGGACUGCCGACCAAAAUCAUAAUCCAUGGGUACAAGGGAAGUGGACGUGACAAAGGAGCGAAACUUUUGGGCGACGCUCUCCUGGACCUGGUAAAUUUAAUAAGUAAAGAUUGAUACUUCUGAUAGGUGUCACUGUUUUUGUAGGAAAGUUGUUGGAAAGAAAAUAACGAAAAAUAAUUAUGAGCAGAAUAUUGUUAGUCGUAUUUUUUACCUUGUGGCCAAGGUAAUCCAUAAAUCCAUAAAAAUUAUAAACAAAUUACCAGUUUUUUUCAUCUAUUAAUAGAUACAAAGAAAAUCAAAACAUAACCUUCUCAAUGCACCAACUUGAUCAAAAAUGCUAUAGUAAAGUUUCAAUAGAGUUUUUGAUUGGAAUAAGAUUUUUGAUAUAAAAGUUGUUUAUAGACACCUAAAAACACAUCAUAGUAAAACCAAUACAUUACUCACCUCGCUCAGAAUCUCAAAUAAUAAAACAUAGUUAAAGACCUAUAUAUUUUAUAUACUAAACUGAAAUUUUGUCUAUUUGUUCACUCUACAAAUCUACAGUUUUAUUCCUACCCAGAUAAAACCUGACAAGUUGUUUGUACUUAAAACAAGAGGAAAGUCUUUUCAUCUCAAAAUUUAAUUCCGAAAAAGGUGCCUCACAUUUGAUUUUUGAUGGUUCAAUAUGAAAAAAAUUCGAAUUUUUCAAUUGAUUUUUUGUUUACCACGAUGACACAGUGAAAUAUAUAUUUUUUUAACUAAAGUACCGGGCAAAAACUACGAUUAACUGUGGUAUAAAUAAGGAUAAAAACGGACAAGGCAGGCGUUAAAUUGAAUUUCUUUUAUUGAUUUCUGAUUUUUAACGGAUCGAGUCUGGGAAAUAGCGGAUAGUUCAGCUAUAGUUGUUUAUAAAACUGUUCACGCGGCUCGUAUAAAUAUAAUAAUAAUAUUAUGCGGGUAAAACAUAACAGAAUAUAUACGAAUAUACGUUAUUCUACGAUGAAUAAUAUAAUAAUGCUGUACGCGUUUCAUGUGCUAGCGGGUGUCCCGCCGAGAUUAUUAUCGAGCAUUUUAAAGUGACCGCCACCGCCAAAAACGACAUUAAAACGGCAUAAAUUCUCGCGGGACACCCAGUAUAAUAUUAUAUUAUUAUAAAAUAAAUAAUACACAGGUUUACCGGUACUGGAGCCGUGAUAUUCAAAUUAUUAUGUUUGGGCAGUGUAGUAAAUAAGGGAAUGCAGGGAAUGCGGCAGUAUUUGGGCCCUAAAUUAGGGGGCCUUUGUGCUUUUCCAAAACAUAUACUGACAAAACAAUAAUACUACAACAAUAAUAUUCAAAUGAUUUCUCUAAAUCAUUUCUGAUUCAAUAAAUUAUUACUUUAUGUAAAAACAUUCAGAUGCGAAAUUUAAAAAAAAAAAAAUUAAAACUAUGCAAGAUAAUAAUGGCCGAAUCAUUAAUUAUCACAUUUUUUAUGAACAUUAGUGUUCUAGAAGUACGGUUAUUAUUUAUUUAACAAUACCAAAACUUUAAAACUAUGGCUGAGCGGUGUUAUUUUCAAAAUUAAAAAUUAUUAAAAGUAUUCCAUGAGGUUAUUGAAUCCGAACAAACAAAACUCAUGUACGUUUCCCAGAUCAAUGGCAACUUUGCUAAUUUAAAAUCUCACAAAGUAAAAUUUUAAAUGCUAUAAAUAUAUAACGGUUAAAUUAAUAAAUUUGAAUUACAAAAUAUAUUAUUUACAUUUAUUAAUUGUAAUAAAUUAUAUAUCUAUACAUAUUUACUUAUUCAACACAAUAAAUACAGACUAAUAAAAUACACUGUGGACAUAUUAUAACUAGUUUUAUUAUUUUAUAUUUAAACCGAAGAAAAAAAACAAUCUUUUUUUUCGUAUUGGUGUCGAUUUGUAUAUUUACGCUAUUGUGUUUAGGUUUACAUAUCAGUGUCAUAACUAUUUUCAGGUAUGGCGUGUUAGGGAAAUUCAAUUUUAUGCGACUCAUAAAUAAGUACAGAAAAGUCUUUAAAAACCGCCGUUAACUAAAAAAAUCAAAAAAAAUAUUUUGUGUUUUUACUAUCGAAAUAAAUAAAAAAAGUCACAUUUAAUUUCCGUAUUAUAACUCGUUGUAACAUAAAAUAAAUCCUAUACCAUUCUACCAGAUUUAAUGGCGUGCCAAAAAAAUAAGUGAACGCUAUAAAUCCCGAACCAUGUCAAUCGAGUGUAUUAAAAUAUUAUUCUACCUAUAUGAAUUAGACUUAUAACUGUGCCAUCAACAUGUUGUUAUGGAAGAAAGGUAUACUUUUUUAGGUUUGAACUCUAUCAAGACAACCCAAAAUGAAGUCAGAGAUAUGAAAUUUGUAUAUGCAUGGCGUUAGUACCAAAUGUCUUUUGGAGAUUUCAACUUUCAAUGCCCACAACUGUUAUUUCUAUGCUCAAAUUUUACCUUUUUUGGGGGGAGAGUAGUAUUAUAGUCAUAGUGCGUUAUUUAGAAUUAUAUUAUUCCAGUAUUUGGUUAUGUAUUGAUUUAUUCAAAAAACAGGUAUGUCUAUAAUACAAAGCAGUCGGAGGGGGGAGGGAAAUUCCAAUCUAGUGAAAAAAUUCUAUUGCUCACGAGUAUUUUUGAGAUGUACGGUGUUAAAAAAAAAAAACUUUAAAUAAUCGUAAAUUAUAAUCACGUUAUAUUAAUUUGGAUAAAUAUUACUUCAAAUGUUCCUUGUAAUUUCCCAUUACCUGUUGUCUUUGUAAGAAUUAACUGGAUUAAAAAUAAUAAUAACAAAUAAAAAACCUUGAAAAGGUUAUUUUUGUCGGAAUUACUUACGCUCACUCCGAAGCCUUUAAUAUCUUUGUAGGCUGAACUAUUUUUGACAACAAUAGUAUAAAUCAUUAAACGGAUAUUUCUCUGUGUAAAACGAAAUCGUAAAUCUGGCCGAACGGGGAGGAAAAUAUUUUAGUGCGUAUAAUAAUAAAACCGAACACACCCUGCAAUCACCGACCGGGUACAUACUAAAUAAUAGUGGACUAUCAUACGUACAUUUCCGGGACAUUGUGGCGCCCUACGUACAUCUUUUAUUUCGCUUCUUUUCUAAACUAUAUUUGAGGACAGAAACCUUGAUCCUAAAUCUUUUCCUGAAAAGAUCUUACACAUCACGUUUAUAUGCAGGUUUGUAUUUCAGGGAUGGUUUAGAGGGAUGGAAUUUCCCCUCAGGAGACAGUCUUUAAAGAGCGGCAAUCUUGUUUUCACAUUAUAAUUGUGUUUACUUUUUUUUUCUUCAAAUAUAUAAAAUAAUUUAAUAGAGUAUAUUUUGAAAUCGACUAACAAUCCUCAAAAAACAUUGUUAGAAAUGAAUAAUUGUACAAACGAAAUGACAAAUGAUAGUUACAAUUUUUCCGCAUAUUAAUGUGGUUAUCGUUUUAAAAACUGGCAAAUUUGUUUGUUGCCGGCAGGUGACAAAAUCUUAAAUAAGACCCUGUCUAUAUGCAUUCCAUAUCUUUAUUUAUUCCGUGUUCAAAUGAACAAAAUGAUCCUCACGGCCUCUACAGAAUUAUCUUUCCUCGUCGUAUCAUGUCCACAACACCUCUGUUAUUAUUAAUAAGGUAAAUUUAUUUUUACGCUGCUAUAGGAAGACGCAAACGUAGUUUUCGUCGAUUGGGAAAAAGGAGCGGCCGGACCUGCUUACGCGGUAGCAGCAGCCAAUACUCAACUGAUCGGACGUCAGUUAGCGAUAAUGAUCAUGGACAUGGUAGAGUUAAACAGCGAUCCCGGUCAGAUUCACAUAAUCGGAUUUAGCCUAGGCGCCCAUGUGGCCGGUUUCGCGGGCAAGGCGUUGAAACUGAACGAUAUAACCGUCGGGAGAAUUACAGGUGAACCGGAUACUUCAGUUUUAAGUACCUAAUAUUCGGUCUUCUGCAAUAGAGGUGUCCAUAAUAUCAGGUCUGGAUCCGGCGUCACCGCUGUUCAGGGAACUGUUGUCGGCUUCGCUGUCGUCGCUCAGCGCGGACGAUGCUACGUUCGUCGACGUUGUGCACACGGACGGCGCCAGGGUGUGGUCUGAAGGGUUCGGGCUGUUCGACCCGAUAGGUCAUGUGGAUUACUUCCCGAACGGUGGACUGGAUCAGCCCGGUUGCGAACAGAUCCGGGGGUCGGUGAUCGUGAGCCGAUUCGGUGAGUGCACAGCUACAUAGUAUACGGCUAUCCGGUUUAACCUGACCAGUACCGCGGUCACUGCGUCCACGCACAGCAGGUUAUUGAAGGUCUGGCAUUAUUAUGAUUAUUACAGAAGGUACGACGAACUCUAGCGUGGUAUGCAAUCAUCUCCGGGCGUUACAGUUCUACCUGGAAAGUCUCAAAGCGCUAUCCGACCCCGACGCAUGCCAAUUUACCGCGUUCCCGUGUCCCGCCGGAUGGUCCGUAUUCCAAAGGGGCGCAUGCUUUCCCACAAAUUGCACAGGUAACCCCUCCAGUAUAAAAAAAUUAAAUAUAAAGGACUUUUGAGAAAAACCGUGGUACGACCAGCGAUGACGAAUAGGUCCUUUGAAAAAUUGUACUAGCUCGGAAUGGAAUGUGAAACUGUGAUUAUGGGUACGGAAGUGAAGCGAGGGUGAUAUAAGUAUAAUCUGACCAGUAUAACCAGUGACUCGUGAAGAAAAAUAGUUUUUUUUCAUAUUUAAAAUGAAAAAUAGCAUAAAAAGUGAAACCUACCUAUGUCAUAAGAUGACAUUUAUAAAAUGUUUUUGAGCCAUAGAAGGUUUUAGUCCCUCUACAGCGCUUCUAUAAAUUAAUUGGCCAAACAUUUAUUGCUACGAGUUAGUUUUUAUCAAUAUUUCACAAAAUGUAUGGUUCUAAAUCAACUGUCCAAUCAACGAAUAAAAAUAGCUUUUAUCGUUGAUUUUAAAAAUUGCAUAAUGAACAAAGAGCUUAAGUCGUUUUUCUUUUUAUCAUAAUUUCGUCGAAUGUUAUUUGCUCCCCUUAAAUUUUUGAUCUGCACUGCAUAAAUACCCUAUAUGUAUUUACAAAAAAAGUGUAUGUAGCGUAUUAGUGUAUUAUGUACAGGUGUAUGUAUUUUCAAUAAUUGAAUUUUUUUGUGUUGAAAACUAAUAGAAAAUUGAUUUAAGCCCUUUUCCCCUGAAACCGAAGGUAUACAUAUCUGUGUAUAAAUUAUAAUACAAUAUUAUGUAUGGUAGACUGGUAGAAAUAAUAGGUAUAUUAUAUAAAAAAAAAUAUCUUUCUAUGCGCAUCCGCGAGUGUUUAAACUAAUUUAUGGGUCACAUAGUUUUUUUUUUUUUUUUUUUGUAACAUGGAGAUGGAGUAUUAGUUAAAAUAAAUUUGAGUGGUGCGACAAUACGUAUAGACAGACUUGAAUAUUAAAGUUUUAAUAUUUUAAUUUAUUUAUCGUGUCCCGAAGGAAGUGUACAUAUUUAAUAUUACAUAUAUACCGGGUGAUUCAUUUAAGUGGGUAUACUUAUUAUCUCGGAAAGUAUUAACUUUUUUCAGAAUUUGUUUUCUAGAACAUUUAAGAAACAACCAGCUCUACAAUUUUACAUUUAUGUUUUUUUUUUUUUUGUAACAUGGAGAUGGAGUAUUAGUUAAAAUAAAUUUGAGUGUUGAUAUUUUUUAUUUCUGUCAAGCUGUUGACGAAAUAUUCUGCUAUUAAUUUUAGGUUGGAGGAGAAUAGUGGUGCAUUAACAGCUUUUAAGUUUGGGUUAAAGAGAGUGGUGAUGUAUUAUUAACACGUCGCGCGUCGUACCGCCACACAAAUGACACUCCACUACUCUCCUCCAACCCAAACUCAAAAGUGCAAUAUCUCGUCAACGGAUCAACGGAAGUGAAAAAUGUCAACACUAAAAUUAAUUUUAACUAAUAUUCCAUCUAUUUAUGGACUUUUAAAUAUAGAUUGCCGUUUUAAAAUCAAAAGUAGUUAGUGGUUUAACCCUCAAAAAUAAUGGUGAAAAAAAAUAACAAAAAUAUAAAACUGUAGAGCAGCUUGUUUCUAAAAUGUUCUAGAAAAGGAAUUCCGGAAAAAGUUAAUACUUUCCGAGAUAACGAGUGUACCCGCGUAAAUGAAUUGCCUAUUAUGUAAUGUAUAUAUAUACGGUUGUGAAUACUUAACUCGGCGUGUAUACCAUAGAAAAUAUACAGGGUGAUUGUAAAUAUCCGAAAUAUUAAUAUAAUUGUAUACAAUACACGAUUAUUAUAUUAACGAAAGUAAAAUAAAUAAUUUAUGUCGGAAUUAUAUUAUACCUAUACAUAAAUUUACCUCGCGUAAAACAUUAAAAUGUGUGUCAGCAACCUGACCAACCUUCGUUUCGCGUAAAUAAUAAUUACUGUAUUACAUAAACAUUAUCAUUAAACCAUUUGAUAUUAAUUUAUUGCGCGCACAAUACAUGUAUACACGCAUGCAUAUUCAUUAUGUACCUGUAUAGAUUCAAAUUGCGCGACCAUGGGUUUUGCGGCGGUCGAAUCGAAACUUCGCGGUCCGUUGUACUUGACGACUAGAGAUUCGAGUCCGUUUUGCGGUAAGUGACUCUGCGUCGUUGUAUAAUAAUAAUAAUAAUAACAUUGUUGUUCAUCGAAUCGCUCGUAAGUUGAUUAUGUUGUUAUUAUUAUUAUUGUUGUUAUUAUUAUUAUUGUUAUUAUUAUUAUUAUUAUUAUUAUGUAUUUCGUUGAAGGGCGACAACUCAAAGCGUCCGUUUUACUAUCGCCGAGAACGUCUAAACUCCGGGGAUACUUGCAAAUGUCAUUAGAAGACGGCAACAAUACGGCGAACUUUAAACUGCGAACAGAGUAAUAAUAACCGACAGACCACAAUAUUGAUUUAUUAGAAUCUCGGGAGAAGAUUAUAAUAAAUAUAAUACGAAUAAAAUAUUGUCGUUUUCCAUCCUGUUCGUAAUAUUGCGUUUGUUAACGUUUUCAUUAGGAACGCCGAUUACAUUUCGGGCGGAAUUCUGGCUGAAGGAUUGUCGGCGGCCAAGUACGACAAAUCCGUGCCGAAAAGCAUACCCGUCGAACUGAGUUUCCAGUCGUUGGCUUAUCAGACGGAAAACGAAAAAUACGGCUUGAACAUUAUCAACGUACUCGUGGACAAAGUGUCCAUUUUCGACACGGAAGGAAACAUGUAAAAUAAUAACGACGAUAAAUGUUGAUUCCGAAAAGUCCACCGUUAUUCACGCGAAUUUGAAUUAAUUUUGAUUGACCGAUGCACUUCGUUCUUAGUCUUCCUUUUGAUCGAGUCCCCUCUAUGUCCAUAAUUUCUACAAUCAUUAUGCAGCGUAAUUCCCUCACUAUGUCUCAGCGUGUGUCUUCAGGUGUCAUAUUAUCCGCCAUCUCCUUUUUUAUAGAGUGUUUAUUAACGCUCGCUACUGUUCGAUUGUCAUUAUUUGUUCUUCUUUCUAUCCAACUGAUUCUCUGCAUCUUUCUCAAAUACCAUAUUUCUAGAGCCUUCACUCUGUCCUUCUCUUUUUUAUAUAUUAUCCAUAUCUUACGUCCAUGUACCUACAUUUCACACAUACGUUUUCAUUAGUUAAUUUUUGGUAUUUGUGUUCAUAUUUUUAGCUUUCAGUAAUUUUUCUCUUUUCGAGGAAGAUAUUUUUCGCUUGUCAUGUUAGUCUUCUGAUUUCAUUUGUGAACUGCCUAUAAUUUGUCAUAAUGGUUAAUUUGGACGAUUUCUCUUAUUUCUCUUAUUUAACGUUAUAUUUAUUUUAUUUUAUUUUUUUUUUUUUGUGUCUGUGAAAAACUUUUCUACCAAAAAUCUUGUUCUGAUAUACUAAGUAUACAUUUAAAUUACUUUUUUAGAAAAGAAAUUUUAUAUAGUCGGUGUCAAUUUUUGAUUUUCAAAGGAGUUUUAUAAUAAUUGGAAAAAUCGGAAAAAGACAAAAAACGAACAAACUUAUGGCGCACGAUUUCAUUAUUUUAAACUUUUACACACGAUGUUUUUUAACAGAAAUAUUACUCCAAUAAAAAAAUAACUAGAGAUAUUUUUUGUUUCAUUUUUAUUAUAAUUGGUGAGUUACAAAGUCAAUUUUUAGAUUUUUUCCUGUAAUUUUUUUAUUAAUUAUUAAAUAAAAACCGAAAAAAAAAAACGGGAAAAUAAAUAAAAAUAAUGAUUUUAUUAAUUUUAAUUUUCUUUUUUUGUUGUAAUUCAGUUAACAAUAUUUGUAGAGACUUGCAAUUUUGAUAACAAAAAUUUGUACGUCCUUUUUUUGGACGUGGAUGAACAAAUUUUCAAAAUAUUUAAGCCAUUUUUGAGCUAUUUAUAGACAAUUUAAUUUUGCGAGUUUUUCUACAUAACUUUUGUUUGGUAUGUACUCUGUGGAUACAAUUGUUAGACUCAACAGAAUUGCUAGAACAUUUAACAGGAAGUUCAUCUUAAGUUGUACUCAAUGGUCAAUAGUAAAAAUUUGAGUUUUAUGUAUUAUUAUUAUUUAGUUCUAAUAUCAAAUUUCGACGAAAACUAUAAAUAUUACGGUCAUUCAAAACAUAUAAAAUGAAACUUCGCUCCAAAUCGUUUUUCAUUAGCAAUGGUUUAUCGUUGCUUACAGAUAUAAAUUAAAUAAUUUUAUGUAUCCUCAGGGAUGCCGAAAUAACGGGUGCAGGGGAGAUGACUGUCCCCAUAGUAUUCGUUUCAUGAGAGCUGGGUCCCCUUGGAAAAAAGAACAAGGCUUAAAUAAAAAAAUUCAGAGGUCUACAAUGUAAACACAAAAAAAAAGCCAAAGGAUAUUAAAUAAUUUCAAAUAGUUUCUUCGAAUAAUUCGGGUAAUCAAUGAUCGACAAUAAUUUCCUGUAAAAUCCAGAUAGGUAUCAUUAUUUUAGACAGUAGCGGAGGGGAUAAAUUUAGUCCAACGUUUUACCAUUGAUUAUAAAUAUUAUCAAAUUAUAAUACAGUUAAUAUAAAAUACUAUUUAGUAUUUAUAAUCAACGGUAUUUCGAAUCCGCACACUUCUUCGGACCCGGACAUUUCGCCACGACCGUUUCGCCGGGAAUAUUCGAGUUCGGUCCCCAGAAAUUUUAUCGUUUGAAUUAAACUCGAGUUGGGACCGCGGUGUUAUUCGAUAGUAUUCGAAUUGGGUUCACGGCAAUAAUAUUAAUAAUAAUAUAUUUAAUCUGUAUUAAUAAAAAAUAAUAUUUAAAAUAAUUUGAUAAUAUAAUAAUAAUAAUUCUAAUGUUUUUAUAAUUUUAUAAGAAUAAAAUAACAAAACCUAAAUUUUUGAGAGACUUUCUAGUCCAUCUGCACAUGAUGUCUUCUGAGUAACUCUAAUAUACUCGACUAACGUUUUCGAUGUUAAUAAUAAAAAAAUAGAAUAUGCCUAAAUAAAUAUACCGGGACCCAACUCAUGUAUACGUUAAAAUAUACUGGAGCCCAAUUCUUGCCAUUGGAACCCAAUUCGAGGUCAACCGUUUCGCCGCCAGUCAUUUAAAAGUAGUUUUGAACGUAAGAAGGGUUAACGGAUAGGGAUGGUCAACAUGUUUUAAUCAAACGAAUGUACUAAUUUAUGUUGAGAAUGAUAAUGCAAUUAAGCGGUUGAACUUAGUUUUUUAGUUGUAACACUUUGAAUUCAGUAUGCAUGUGUGUUUGUUAAAUAACUCAAUAUUAUAUUUUCUAUAUAUUGGUUUUUGUAGUCUAAUGGUGAUGCAUACCUGUUGUUCCAUCCAGAGGUGUCCCAUGUCCUAAGAGUAUUUUUUUUCUCUUUUUUCCAGUAGUAAAAAUUGUCCUAGACACUGUUUUAGAUGUUUUAAUCGGUACCCCAUACAAUUAUGAUUAUUACAGUAGAUUUUCAUUGCGAAAUACAUUUGUCUACCCUGUGACCUACUUGUGCUGAUAUACAAAUCGCGAGAUAUUUUCGUUUUAAGUUGUCUGAGUGGGCAAAUUACCCUGCCGGGUCCCUAGGCAUACCAAAAAUGCAUUUUUGUCCCCACAGUCAAGAAAUCGCUACAGCAUCCAUGUGUAUUCUACCUUUCCAACUUCCCACCUAUAACAGUGGCACACCCGUUGCCAAUAUCAGUUCUUUUUUUUAAUUAUUAGUUAUAACAUUUUUAUAUAUUUUAUUGAUUUUUACAUUUUUUUAGGUGGUCAAACUGUGAUGAGAAUUCAACUUUGGCACACGUCAAUGGUACAACGAUAUACGCCAAAACGUUUACACUCACGUUAUUCGGUUGCUGACUAAAAUUAUAUUAAUUAUGAUUGUCUGAUGGUUUUAUAUUAAUUAUUUAUUGAUACGACUGAAAUAUUGUUACUUUACUACUAUAUUAUUGUACUACUUAUCAUAUUACUGCUAAAUACCUAUACAAUAUUGUAUAUUCUUGUAUUAUAGUUUUAUGUUAUUAUACGGAUCAAAGUUUAGAUUCACUUGAGGUGUAAAUCACUAUUGUGUUAUUUUAGCUAUCUCGGACGGCUUUGCCGUGUCAGUAUUGAACUAAGCAUAUAAAAAAAAUGUAAAAAAAUUAAAACGUAUUUUCCUUUGAUUCCUCGUUUCCAUCCUCAUUCGUAUCAUUGCAAUUAAUCUUUA